AUGACGGAUGCAGAUUGUCUUGUGCCUGGUGAUGGUCACAUUUGUUAUCAAGACCUAUGUCACUUUUUGUCACAACCUACAUUUAACCGGUUAGUGGAUCACUUCGAGAAAACAACUGACACUUUAUGUGAAGAUAAAUACAUAACUCAUAAGGCCGCAGAAGAAAUACGAAAGGCUGUUGUUUCCGGUAUUAGUAAUUCUUCUGGGAGAGAAAUUAUUUUUGGAUCCUUUUUCUCAGAGGAGUUAUGUAGAACUGAAACAUCCUGCAAAAAACUGUCACAAGUGCGUUCUCUUUAUUGUCUUAUGGAGUUGCUGAAAAUGUUAAUUCAUGAUUCCAACCUCAAUGUUAUUUUGUGUAUCUUAGAAGUAGCUACAAUACUCACACAACCGUUUCAUUGUGUAGUCGAUGGCAUUAAUAAUGCAUUACCAAGCGGAAAUACUGCUAAAUUAAGUUUUGCUGAUUCUGAGUGGCUCUCACACCAACUUUUGCAUAUAAUUUGCGUUGCGUUGGGUGAUAGCAAUUUAGUUGUUCGUGUUGCUGGCAGUAAGCUUUCACUUGCUGUUGGCAGCCUACCUUCUUGUGCUAUGAUAGUUGUUCGUGAACUUGCAGGUCAGGUGUUUACUUACCAUAAGAAAUGCAGUUCUGAAAAACCAAAGGAUGAAAAGGAAUAUGUGGAUUAUGGGUUUUGCUCUAAUAAAAGAACUCAAUUACAUCAAGAGUCAAUCGAUGUCAUUACUACAUUACUUUUAACUCUUCCAAGUUCUGAGUUCGAUCUGGCUGAAGUGUGUAAACUAGUAAUACUCCCAGGAUUAACUGAUCUUAAGUUACUGGUACGUAUUGCAACAUUAGAUUGUGUGGCAGUUGUUGCUCAUCUUCUUGGUGCUGGUGAUUUGGGUUGCUUGUUAGCUGCUGUAUCACGUGCUGACAAUUUCCUGUUAAAGGCUGCUGGAGAUUUCUUGCAACAUCCGUAUGUAGCGAAAGAUGAGUAUCAGUCUACGCCAAAGUACUCAACACUAUUAGAAGCGGUACAGUACCGACUAGCUAAACGUCAGUUACCUCAAUUAGAUAGUCAUUCACGUAUUAUACGAAAAAACAAUAGUGUACCUGGUGCAUCAAUAUUGGCCAAUACGCUAGGAUUGAGUCCCAAUCAGAAUACAGAUUCACAAAUAAAAUCGUGCAUUUCAAAUUCUGUAUGUUUCGCGUCUACCACAGUCACUACCGCAUCAACUGUUAAAAACUCUCCUUUAUCAGCAUCGGAAAAUCAGUUGAAUAUACUGUCAAAUCUAUCAACAGUUCAAAAAGUCAAAUAUAAUUAUCGUCGUCGACCUAGUGCAGGUUUAACAGGCAGACGAAAUCAGCUCCCCUGGGAUCCACGUAUUAGUAUUAAUCUGUCUAGUUCAUACCCUGGAAAAAUAUCAUCUCGAUUGAAUCGUCGUAAUUCAAAUUGUUCUUCAUCCAUUACUCCUGGUGUUAACAGUUCAUCAACUGAAAUUAACUAUGACGCUAAUCAUCUUCGAAAGGGAGCUGAAAAUGGUCUACUAACCUGCAGUUCUUCACUACUUGAUUCGAAAACUGGCAAACAUUACAUUGGUAAUAAUUCUGAUUAUCAUGUUAGUAACGGACAUGUUGACAAUGAUGAUAGUGAAGAGUUGAAUUUGAAUUCAAAAAUAAGUGUAACUCAUCGUUCUGUCGUUAUCAAUGGAAAGGAUAAUCUCCAUCAUAUACCACCAACAUAUCAACAACAAGAAGAAUAUCUUAACAAUCCUACAAAUUCUUCCUGUAAUAAUUUUAAAUCUGAAUGUAUAAAUUUACCAUCAACAAAACGUUAUCCUCCCAAAUCACAAUGUUCAGAAUUUGGUUCACAAAGCUUACCAUCUUCUGGUCGACUAUCACCGACAUUAAAAAUCAUAUCUGAUCAAUCUGCUUUUGAACAAACCAGAGUUUACCCUCUACGAUCUUCCCUCACUAUGGCUAAAUCUACAUCGAACAGUGAAGAACCAAGUUCCUUCAGUACUUCACGUCGAAAACCACGUUUAGCACCUAUUCGUCAUCCAUCUGGCGGAAAUCAAUCAGAUCAUCCUAUUCCUUGGACACCCCAGGAACAAUUUGCCCAUAAUUCCGACCUAAUUUCCACAUGUCCUUCAUCCCUUCUACCCACUCGAGCUACGCUGGGUCGUCAAAGUGGUCGAUCUCGUUUAACAACUAACCAAGUAUUUAACAGUCCCAAUACAACAACAAUUACCUCAGAAAAUUACCUAGAACGGAAUCGUUUUGGUUAUAGUGUAGUGAUUCCAAGUAAUGUUUCAAAACCUGAUCAUAACCAGCAUUCUUCUUCGCGUCUAUUAUCUGGUAAGAAGGUGCUAAGCACAAGUGAUAGAAGUCCUCAGUCUGACAGAACAUUUGUACCCUAUAACAAAUUAAAUUAUAGUGACUGUGCCACAACUCGGACUAAUACUGACUCUGUUUCUUUGUAUUAUGAUCAUGAUGAUGACAAUGACGUGGAAGAAGAGAUUUAUGAUGAAGACUAUGAAUCUGAUGAAGAGUAUGCAGAUAGUGUUGGAGGUGCUGGUGACAGUAGUAGAACGAUAGAUAGUGGGAAGUUUUCGAACAUUAAUAGAUCAAAAAAGCCCAACUCAUUACCUGCAAGUGCAUUACCCUUAAAUUUGGAUAACAACGAUACAGUAUUAGCACAUUCACCGGGUUCUGAAAUACCUGAAGUAUCAAGUAUACGCAGUGCCGCAUCACACAGACGCGCAAUGCGAUUAUUUGAAGAAGCUGAAAAGCGUAGAGAAGGUGAUAACUGCAGUAAUGCACAGUCUCUAUUUGCCUCAUCAGCUCCUGUAUCAUCUGUAAAAGGCACAAAGUUAUCAAGUGUAGACUUAGUGAAUAGAAAUUGCACGAAUGUAUCCAAUACUGACACUACUGUUGAGAAUUCGAAUCCGUCUGUCCCUUCAUUAACACCAGCUGUUGUUCCCGCAAUGCCGCUACAGCGUUUAAUCCCUGGCAAAUCUUCAGCCAAAAGGCGUGAAAAUAUAACUGCUGACACAGUAAAUGAUGCUGAUAAAUCACCAGGGGAUACUGGUGAUGACAGUUCACCAAAAACACCAACAAACAGGUUGUUGACAGAUAAAAAACAAUCACAUUCGCAGGAACAACAGUUUGUAGAGAAUUCAUCAUCUGCAACUAUUGUUUCAACUAAAUAUAAUCCCUAUGCUGGCGCAUCGUUUCGGCAAAAUCGUGACUAUACUGGUCUAGUUAUAGGGCGAGCUGCUGGUAGCCCUUCACUUAUUGCACCUGCUGAUAUGCAUCAGCCGUAUCAAAGUAUUGAACGAAGACCACUGAAAGGUCAGCACAAUAUCCAAUCCAGUAUGAUCAAUUCAGGAGGCUCGUUAAAUCACUUAGUGUCACCAGACUCUACUUCCACAGUAGCUACAAACAGUAGCAAUAUAUCUAUACCGACCUCUACUUCUUUCAACAUCAUUGGUCGAGGUCUGUUCGAUCAAUCGUUAGUAACGAGUGGAAAAUCGAAUACUACAUUAUCAUCAUCACCUUCGAUAAAUAAAUCGAUCUCGAGUACAAGUGGAAGACAAACACCAGCUAAUUAUAAGCAUUCUGAACACUCUCAAAUAGAACAUACAGUUCAUCAUUCAGCAAAAGAUAGUGAACUUGAGGGUUCCAAUGUUUUACUUGGUAUCGGUAUAAAUGAAGCUAGUGCUUUCACUGCUGGUAAUUUUUCGUCAAAUGUAAAUGAUGGAGAUAUGAAAGGAGCUCAAGAGGCGUGUGUCUCACAUAGUUUUCGGCAACGAAUACUACAAAAGAAAUCCAAGAAACUGCAAAAGUUACGUGACAGUUCAAUACUUCUUAAACAGACGCCAAAUAAUUCCCCAUCCAGUAUCCAAAAGUUAGAAGUUAAUCAGAAUCAAAUUAUUGCCGAAGCAACUCAUUCUCCUUUGAAUCUUGACAACGACAAACCCUACUCUAAAUUAGAUUCAACUGAACACCCUCCAAGUCAUUCAACAUGGCCUCCUCCAACGUCUAACAAUGCCCGCACUAAUUUAUCCUCGAAACAGGAUGAAAAUUCAUCUAAACUGAAAACUAGUACUACAAAUAGUGGUGCACUGGUAGUGCCCUCGACUAGACGUCGUUUACCUGCUGAAAAUUCCCUAUCGAGAAAUUUGCAUUCUACAAGUCAAAGUUCUGUUAAUAAUAUUGUCGGUAGUCAAUCCGAAAAAUCAUCUGUAAAUUCCAAUGAGUCAGUAAACAUGAAAUCCCAUUCUACUGAAACUGUAACGACUAUUGGAGACUCAGCAAUGAAGUUAAGUGACUAUGAUAAAAAUCCGUUGCCGGAUAAACCUCUUCUGAAAGGUCGAUCAGCUGUGAAUCUAAAUGGUACUCCACUGACAUUGCCAACUGGCCUCAAUCUAGUCAAUUCAGAUGAUUGGGAAGAUAAAGUGAGUGGACUGGAAUUGCUGGCACAGAUUUUCACGGAACAAUCAAUACAUUUAGUACAGACUACGCAAACUGGUUCAGCUUCCGCUGGUUCCUCUAGACAACUUGCAACAAAUUUAUCAUCUUCAGCCCCAACAUUGGUUCUUACUACUGAAACGCUUAGCCAAACUGUACAAGCAGUAAUUACAGAAUGCAGGAAUUUACGUUCUCAGGUUUCACGUCAAGCUGUACAAACUAUGGGUAGCUUAUUCCAAGGCUUAAACAGAGCAAUGGAUCCACAUGUUGAUGUAUGCAUUCGUGUAUUAUUAAGUAAAACUGGUGAAGCUGCUGCAGCAUUCUUACGUGAUGAAGUCUCUUUAAUUAUGGAUGAAGUAAUUCAACAUGCUAGUCCAUCACGGACAUUACAAGCUUUAAUUCAACAUGGCAUAGGCCAUAAAAAUCCAGCUGUUCGACUUCAAACAGCACUGCUUGUUUCUCGUAUUGUUGAGAAUCUAAGUAAUCAUGGUCGUAUGAAUUUAUCUAACCGUGGCAAUAUUACUCGUGGGUCUGGUGGUAGCGGUAAUAGUGGCAGUAGCAAUAAUGGUGGUAGUACUAAUAUUGGUCGUUUGUCAUCUUGGAGCUCGACAGGAAAUUUGAAUUCUGCCUCUUCCGUUUCGGCCUCUAAUUUAUCAUCAUCGAAUUCAGUAUUUCUUGGUGGGUUUAUGGAACGUCUAAUAGCAGCACUUAGCCAGUUUCUCACGGAUGGCAAUCAAGAGACGCGCUAUUACGGACGUCGUCUAUUGAGUACAUUAAUGCAGCAUCCAGAUUUUGAGAGAACAGCACAUCGUCAAUUGAGUGGACAGUCGUUACGAGCUUUAAAAGAGGCUAUGGAUCAAAUUCAUCAAAAGGGUGUUGGAGAUCUACCGCCAUCAGCCUCAUCUUCAGCUGGUGUUCGUCGUAGAGGUUUUUCACCGGCGACAAGAUCACGUGGGCCCAGCGCUGGAGUUGGUGGUUCCAAAAUAUAA